GAUUAACUAUUCUUGUGCGGCCCUAAUUUCAGUUCACAUAACAAAAAUACAGAAUAGAAGAAGAACAACACUAUCUCCUAAUUUCAGUUCACAGCUGCCAAGCCACGGUAGCCCUCAUCGCGCCUCCAGUCGCUAACAGCCUUCGUUGCGCCCCCACCCGACACCAGCAGCUUCACCUCGCUGCUCCUCCUUCCCACCGCAACGCGCAUCCGGUCGUUUCGCCGCUAGUCAGCAUCCCUCCGGCCACUACGUCCGUUUGAUACUCUACAGCAGCAGAAAAUCAGCAAGUGUCGAGAAAGAGAGAUGGAAAGUGUCGAAGAGAACGAUAUCGUUUGCUUGGAUGAAUCUUUCUUCAUCAACGACAACUACCAACUCACGAGGUUUACAUUUGGGUCGCAAGUUCUUGAACUCUAUUGCCUCCAGUCCGCUUCAACUGAUUUUGAUUUGACAGGGCAGAUGGUAUGGCCGGGAGCAGAGCUCUUGAAUGAUUAUCUCUCGAAGAACUCUGACAUUCUGCAAGGGUGUUCGGUUAUUGAGCUUGGCUCUGGUGUCGGCGUUACCGGGAUACUCUGUAGCAGAUUUUGUAGGGAAGUAGUUAUGACUGACCAUAAUGAUGAGGUUCUUAAGAUCCUAACAAGGAAUAUAGUGUUAGACGACUCUUCAAAGAAUACAAUUUGUUCUGCCGAGAAGCUAGAAUGGGGAAAUUCUGAGCAACUCAACGAUAUAUUGCAGAGGCAUCCGGAUGGAUUUGAUCUUGUUCUUGGAGCUGAUAUUUGCUUUCAGCAAGCCAAUGUUCCUCUGCUCUUUCGUACUGUGAAACAGCUCCUCCAUGUCGGCCUCAAGAAGAAGUGCCGAUUCAUACUGGCCUACGUGUCCCGAGCAAAAGUAAUGGAUGAUAUGGUCGUCGGAGAAGCCUCUCGACAUGGAUUGCGUAUAACUGAAGUUGCUGGAACUCGUGCUGAGAUAAGAAAUCUUGGUGGAGUUAUAUAUGAAAUGACUUGUGCAUGAUUUCUGUUGAGCUUGAUACAGUAUAGUUAGAUAGUUUUUGCCCGUAAAAGUCAUUUUGAAAAUGCAAAUGGAACCAAACUUUAUGUUUAUCUGUAAUUUAAAUGUCCACUAUAGAAAUGUUAAUUGUGCCAA